AGUGUAUAUUUUCUGCAUAUUUUGUAUUUUGGUACACUCUUUAUCUUCGUAUAAUCAUAUGGUCUCAGCACGAUAAGGCAUCACCAUCAGCUCCAUAUGUGGUUAUCUACCACACCAUCCUUCAAGGAUUGACAAGCUGUGACUUCAUUCCAAAAGUUCUUUGUUGACUGUGAAGUGCUUUGGAUGGUCCUGAGUCCAGAAGGGCAUGAUUUUACAGAGUAUUUAAAAAUGUUGCCAGAAACUAUGAUAUAAUGAACGAUGCUAUGAGCCUUGGCAUUCACAGAUUAUGGAAAGAUGCUCUUAUUCGUAUGAUGAACCCACUGCCAGGAACAAAACUGCUUGAUGUGGCUGGAGGGACAGGGGAUAUAGCCUUCAGAUUUAUGGAUUACUUGAGAUUGCAACAUGAAAGACAGAGUCGACGAGCAGUGAAAUCUAACCAGAGCCCAUCAUGGCAACAAAUCAGUAACUUCUAUGAACAGCAGAAUAAAUACGAUUCUGAUUUGGGAUCAAAGGCAGUCAUCUGUGACAUCAAUAAGGAAAUGUUAAAAGUUGGAAAGCAAAAGGCAGAACAAUUGAACUAUACUGAAGGCCUGUCCUGGGUGGUGGGAAAUGCAGAAGAGCUGCCAUUUGACGAUGACAAGUUUGAUGUUUAUACAAUUGCCUUUGGAAUUAGAAAUGUUACUCAUAUUGAUCAUGUAUUGCAAGAGGCCUAUCGAGUUUUGAAGCCAGGUGGAAGGUUCCUGUGUUUGGAAUUCAGCAAAGUACAGAAUCCAAUCAUUUCCAGGCUCUACAAUUUGUACAGUUUUCAAGUGAUACCUGUGCUGGGUGAGGUCAUUGCUGCUGAUUGGAAAUCCUACCAGUACCUUGUAGAAAGUAUCCGAUGUUUUCCUGAUCAGGAGGAGUUCAAAGGAAUGGUUGAGGAUGCAGGGUUUUACAAGGUGGAAUACAACAACUUAACAUCAGGGAUUGUGGCUGUUCACUCUGGAUUUAAGCUCUAAAUUUGAAGUGACCGAAAGGAAAUUGACAGCUGCCUGCUGCGAGGCCCGGUUUCCAUUCACUCAGAUACGUAAUCUAUGUGAGUUAACACACACCACUGCCAAGUUGCUGUAAUACUGGCAGAUAUGUCUGAGUCAGUCAGUCACUUAACAGCCACGCAAUUAUCAGUGAGGUCCGAGGGGAAUGUGCUGCAACGUCAUUUGGUUUAUAUUAUCCUCAUUUAGAAGUGUAAAAGCGCAGGUGCACAUUGUCUGCUCCUGUUCUGUGUGGUUUUCCUCUGUGAGGAUGUCGUAUCUUCAAAUAAUCAGUGCAUAAAGCCCUUAGACAUUAAGGAAAUAAAUAAAUUUGCCACUGACAUCCAAGCUUUGCCAGCAGCAGACUAGUUAUUAAACUAGCCUGCUAAAUUUAUUCAUGUUUUAAGAAAUCAAGUAUUUGAUCAUUUCAUAUUUUCUGUGAAACACAAUGGAAUAGAAAUUGUUGCACUUCUUGUCUGACCUUCCGGCACGAAAAAUUUGAUGUUGGUCAGAUGACAAGAAAGAGAUAUAUUUCGCACACACACUGCAUCUUAAAAACCUUAGAGUAAAACCUACAGGAUCUCUUAGAGACAAGUAUUGCCAUUCCCAUCGCUUUGUGAGUAAGACGAUGCUCGAUGCAAACUUGUCCUACCCAAAAAGAUUACAGAAUCAAAAUGAGACAGAAAAAAAUAUACCACAGUUCCCUCUUUUCAACAAAAUUUGACAGAUGUUAUUGUCCUGGAAGUUGAUGACUGGCUAUGAGUUCCAGUAUCCUUCAAAGGAGACUCCUCUUGGCACUGGGAAUGCAUACAGUCAUCAAUGGCAGGUUAGUUCAGGACUAGAAAAAAUGAUGUACUCUACUCCUAUGCAGUGAGUAAGUCAUAUUAUGGUGUUUUCACAGGUGUCAAGACUGAGAGUGUACUUUUACUUCAUGUAGUCCUGCAGUUUAGCUUUUGUCUGACUUUUUCUUAAAUUUAUUGUGCGUGUGUGUGUGGCAGGAAUUCGUCUUUACACAAAUUGCAGAUUGAUAAAUAUUCAAAUGUCCUAAUAUUAAAUAAAGCAUUUUUUUCUAA